UUUUUGUCGUGGCAUUGCUACAUUGUUUCGGCGUGGUUGCUACAUAGGAGCGUGACACGCUGCAAAUCAAUCCCGGCCCUCAGACAGACCACGCAUGGCUAGUACUUCACUUCUGCGGCUGCUCCCUCUUCUGCUCUUCCUGCUUCCCCGUCCCUUCCGGGAGUACUACCUCUCCGGAAGCCACCAGCCGAAGGAUGUCGGCGUCGGCGAGCUCCACCCGAUCGUCGUGGUGCCCGGGGUGAGCUGCAGCGACCUGGAGGCGCGGCUCACCGAGACGUAUCGGCCGUCGGUGCCGCGCUGUGGCGCGAUGAAGGGGAAGGGAUGGUUUGGGAUAUGGGAGAACAGUUCGGACCUGCUUGCCCACGACUACGUGCAGUGCUUCGAGGAGCAGAUGAGCCUCGUCUACGACCCUGCCAUCAACGACUACCGGAACCUUCCCGGCGUCGAGACACGCGUCCCCAACUUUGGCGUCGCAAGAGGGUUCCACGAGAAGAACCCUUUUCACCCAGAAUGGUGCCUUACAAGACUCAUAGAAGCACUGGAAAGAAUCGGAUACCGUGACGGAGACACCCUGCUGGGGGCUCCUUACGACAUCCGCCACGCUCCUCCAAUUCCUGGCCAGCCGUCUGAGGUCUACUCUCGCUACUUCGCGCGGUUCAGGAGGCUGGUUGAGGACGCGAGCAAGAGGAAACAACACAAGAAGGUCAUCAUCUUUGGGCACAGCUUCGGAGGGAAUGUCGCGCUCGAGUUCGUCAGGAACGCACCAAUGGCGUGGCGCCAAAAGUACAUCAAGCACCUCAUCCUCGCAGCGCCCACGCUCUCCGCAGGGUUCGUGGAUCCGGUGAAAAACCUUGCCUCCGGGCCGUACAACUUGCUCUACGUCCCAACAGCUACUGCCUUGUCUCUGAGGCCGAUGUGGAGGAGCUUUGAGACUAACAUCGCCAACUUCCCAUCGCCGGCGGUGUUCGGGGACACGCCGAUCGUGAUCACCAAGCAGAGGAAUUACUCCUCGCACGACAUGGAAGAUUUCCUUGCUGCGAUCGGGUUCAGCGACGGCAUCGAGCCUUUCAGAAGACGAACGCUUCCAAAGAUGCACUACUUCGAGGCACCCAUGGUGCCCAUGACAUGCAUCAAUGGAGUGGGCAACAGAACGCCACAGCAGCUGGUGUACUGGGAGAGUGACUUCGAUGAGCUCCCGGAAAUAGUGUACGGUGAUGGAGAUGGGGAUAUCAAUUUGGUUAGCAUGUUGGCGUUUGACAAGGAGAUGGGUCAGCAGCCACGACAGAAGGGGCAGUUUAAGUCCAUCAAGCUUGAUAAGGCUCAGCACGGUGCAAUUGUUUCGGAUGAAUGGGCGCUGAAGAGGGUCAUUCAAGAAAUCCUUGAAGCAAAUCGAAUUUCUUCAUAGACUCGCGUGAAUUUCUGUUUGAAUGUAUUCACUGGCUGGCCUGCAUACUUGUGAUUCUUUCAAUAAAAAAAAAACACGAGCGGGCAUAUGUUAUAUGGUUUUGAGUGUUCAGUAUACGGAAAUAAA